AUGCGCGCGCUGCGGCCGCCGCCGCUGCUGCUGCUGCCGCUGCUGCUGCUGCCGGCCCUGGAGCUCGCCCUGCCAUCCCCGCAGCCCCCCGAGGCGCGCGCCAAGCUCUGCGGCCACCACCUGGUGCGAGCGCUGGUGAGGGUGUGCGGGGGCCCACGCUGGUCCCCCGAGGCCACGCAGCCCGUGGACGCCCGCGACCGAGAGCUGCUGCGGUGGCUGGAGCAGCGGCAGCUCCUGCAUGCACUUGCGGCUGACACGGACCCCGCUCCGGACCCCGGCCUGCAGCUUCCUCCCCAGGCUCCUAAGCGCCGCCGCCGCCGCAGCAGCGGGGCCACCAACCCUGUGCACCGUUGCUGUCUCACUGGCUGCACCCAGCAAGACCUGCUGCACCUCUGUCCCCACUGA